AUGCAAAAUUUGGCACUGUUGGCUGAUGUUGCAUUGAAUGAGUCAAGUUAUCGUAAGAAUCUGGAGCUGUCAAAAAAGAAAAUGGUGAGUGUUUUAUGAAUAUAUUUCAGAAAUUUUUUUGAGAUUAAAAGAUUUUGAAUUCUGUGUACAGUUUGAAAAAAAUUCAGCAUAAAAAAUUAAUUUCUCUUUUUCUACAUGUAUGUAGAAGUUUAUGUCGAAAAAAUUUAUUUAAUUGUAUUUUUAUUAUUAUUAAUAAUUCAAUGAUGACACUAAAAUAAUAAAUUGAAUACAAUUCGAAUGAUUUCUUUUUCAUUUUGGUUUUGCUUCUUGAAAAAAUCCAUAAUUCUUUCAGGAUUAUUCCAAUUGUCCCGAUCUCCAAAUUCUGGCUGAUGCUGCGGUUAAGAAGAUUGAAAAGGUAAAUGUUUUCUAGUUGAUACAAAAACACUUGUUUUUUUCCAGGCACUCACCACGACAACAAUCCCAAGAACCAAAAAAAUCACACUCCCAGUGAUUAUGUUAGAUGAAGGUAAACAUAAACUACCUUCUACUUGGCCAAAAAAUUUUAGAAAGGUGACAUUUUUUGAUUUGCAUUGAAAUUAAUAACACGGAUGUGGUUGUUUCAGGACAUUUCGCAUCAUGUAACAUCUUGCAAAAACUUUCACCGUUCCUCAAAAGAUCGUCACAUUUAUCUGACUCCAAAAAUCAAGCUGAUCAACAUGCCUGUUCAUAUCAAAAAAGUUUAAAUUUUCUGGUUGUUUCUGAUUUCUAUGAUACUCAAAAGCUAACGUGUAAUAUAUUUUUCUUAUUUAUUGAAUUUGCCGAGAUUUUAAAAAAUAUUUUGUUUGUAUUGCUCGUACUUUGAAAAUUUUGUAUUCAAAUCAUACAAUAUCUUUGUAAAUGUAUUUCUAUCGAAAAAUAUUAGAUAUUGGGAAAUUAUCAUUUUUCAGGGAAACCGCUUUAGGAUACAAUAGUUAAACAUUUUUCACAAGUGAAAAUUAUAUAUUUCCUCAUAUUUUCGAAAAACAUAUAUUACUUGUGAAAAAAGAAAUAAUUCAUUUUCUAUUGAAAAAUCCUUCUGUUUUUGCCGAACAAUAGAAAUCUUGGAGUUGAUUUCUCUCACUGAAACGAAGCAAAAAUUUAUUCAUGAAAUUUUUAUAUUGAAGAUUUUUAUCUCUGAAAUUUAACUUUGAAAACGUGAAAAAAAACUCCAGAAAAGAUCCUUGCGAAAAUUUCUGAACUCAUAAUUUUGUGAAAUUUCAAAUUUUGAUUGAAAAUAGUCCAAAAUAUCGUAGAGAACGGUAUUAUUUGUUACUUUGUUAUUCAAUAUAAUCACAGUAAACAAGUAGGCGAAAAAGAAUACGAGUAAACCAACUCUGAAAACAUUAAAAACACGUGUCAAAAUGAAAGAAAAAGAAGAUGAUGAUAAGAAAAAGAAGGAAAAGCAGAAAAUGAUGGAAAGGAAGAGAUAAAGACAGCUGUGUGGUUUUACCAGGAGGAAAAAAAGACCCUGUCAUUUUUUCCAUUUUUUGAGAAGAAGACAUUUUUCUGUUUUCAGUCGUUGGGCACGACGGAUAACGAUAUUUUUAUAUUUAUUCUCUUGACACACACUUUUCGAUCAUAUUGUUUUGCGGUUUGACAGAGAAGACAUUCUAUCAUUAUUAUUAUUGUCGUUCUGGUGUUGGAGAAAUUGCGAGAAUGCAAACGCUAAAAAAUCCAUUGUCGAUUUUUCGAGCAAGGUUAGUUUUAGAGUUGAAAAUUUAUUUAUCAAAAAUGAUUUCUCGGAAUUUUGUUUCUGGAAAAACAAUUUAUAGAAUUCAGUCAAAUUUGAUUAAAAAUCCAAAAAUAUGUUUUAAUAUGGAUUGGAAUUUCUUUGAAGUUUUAUAUAUUUUUAUUGAAAUCCAGUAUAAUUAUGAUUGUUUCAAUAUCACUUGAUAACAAUUGAAUUAUAAAAAGUUUUGAUUUUUUCAGUUUAUGAGUGGUUUUUCAAAAAUCCAUAUUUUGCCUUCUCAGGAUCAUUGAAAACUCUACAGAAACUUUAAUCUCGAUCUCAAUUUUUCAUAUUUUUCACAGCUCAUAAAUUCAAAACUCCAUGUUCAUUCAAACUUCCCUCAUAUAUCUUUCUUCCAAAACAACAAAAAAAAACAUUUUAUUUUAUGUUCUCGUCACCUGGCACAUUUUAUGAGGUAUUAAUCAUAACUACAAACUGAAAAACGAGAAAAAAAGUGCAAAAAAUACUAUAUAUUUUUCUUAUGUCAGAUCAACAAGUCGUAACAGCAAUGGAAAUCGCAGUCAAUCACAAUCACGGUCAGUUGUGUUUUUGCUCAUUCUCAGCGUCAUUGUGAGCAAAAAGUGAAAAAAAAAGAUGAAAAUGAUUUGAUCUCAAAUCUUUAAACUUUUUUUUUUGCAAUUUCUCGUAAACUUUUUUGAUUAUUCUUGGAAAGAAGGUGUUUUUUUAAUGUUAUAAUAUUUUAGACAUAAGGUCUGAUUGUGUCUGAUAAAAAAAUAGAAAAGUGGACCUUCAGAAAAAAAACAAAUUUUUUUUCAAAAAAUUAAAUGAAUGAAAUUUGGUAAAAACUAGACUACUUUAUCCGAUUUUGAAAAUAUUUUUUCCGGAUUCUAUUUAUUGAAAAACUUUUAUUUUCAACAGGCCUUUUUUGAAAGUGUUUUAUUUCAUCAGUUUUCAUGCAAAUUUGUUGGACUGAUCUUGAAAUCUCAAAUCUCAAAAGGUCUGGUCUGUUUCUAUUUCUCUGCAUUUCUAUAUUUUUUAAUCAAACUUUUUUCUCCUUCUCCUCCACUGUCUCCCUUUCCAAAAAUCUUAUCAUCAUUCCAGAAAAAAACCGGCAGAAUCUCAAAAACCAACUCAAACGCAAAAACUGUUCGUUAAACGUGACAAACAAGCGUCGGAAUGUUUGGCCGAGACAAAAAUCGAGAAAAAAUCCGUGUUAGUUUUUGGGAGGAAUAAAAUAAACAAAAGCGACUCCCAUUUUUUUGCUACACUCUUUUUUUUUCUUCUCAAUAUUAUUAUAAAAUAUCAUUUAUUCCAGUUGUCGAGAAAAAACGCAUAAAAGUAUUGUGAUCCCGGCGCCAAGGAUAUACAUUUGUGAGAAAAUUGAGAAAACUGUUCAGAUUCCAAAGGUGAGUGAGUGUUUGAUGUAGCGGAAGAAGGAUAUAUAUUAAAUUACAUCACAUCACAACACACUUAUGUUUACCGUAAGAAUUUAAUGCGUUCAAUAAUUUCCCCUUGGUAAAUAUGUAUAAUAUACGGUAUAUUACACCCCCAGGAGAAUUAAACUCUUCAUUUUUCAAAAUUUAAAAAAUCAGCAACUUUCACAUAUGUUUUUGUUGUUUUCGUUGUUUUUCUCUGCGUAUUCUUUAACUGACCCACUAGAAAAGACCCACCCCAAAAAAUGUGUCAUAAAAUAAUUUUUAUGACAUAGAUGAGCCAGCCGCAAAAACCGACACCAUUGAAGAAGACACAAGAAAUGAUUGAAGAAAUAUUUGCACCGCUCAGAGAAACUAUUGAGCAAGGCAUCAAUGAAAUGAGACACAAUUCAUCAUCACCAGGUGAGGAGACUUGUUUUUAUGAUAUGUUGAGUUUUUAUGACUUGUUUGUUAGUUUUGUUUGGUUAGGAAAAUUGGAAUUGAAAUUGAAACACUCGAAAAGACUAAUCCCGACACUCUGAACUUUAUUUUGUUUAUGUUUCCAAAAUAAUGAUCUCUAAAACUUUUUUAUUUUAUACAAAGUUCCUUCCUAUUUUGAAAUUUUCCCACAUUUCUUCAACAGUUCUAUAAAUCAUCAUCACAUUACCCAGAUAAAAAACUGUUUUAGAAAAAGUGAAAUCGUUGAACCAUACGCCCUCAACACGAUUAGAACAAUGGAAAGCACAAUUAAUCGGUAAUGGAUCAACAGGCCAAAUACUACCUCGAUCAAGAGAUUUGAGUGCGCCGGCACCGGUUCAGCGACUUCGAAUGAAACCGCAACAAACACAAUUGCGAGUUCCACCAGCGUCCAGACAAUUGCAUUCAACACAAUCUGCAACAAAUGCGUUGUGAGUUGGGAAUUUAGACAUUCUGGGGUUUAAAAAAUUUGACAUUCUGGGGUUUAAAAAAUUUAGAAAAAAAAUGUUUCGGUUAUGACUCAUCAUCUCAAACGAACAAUUUUAAACUUUCAAAAUAUAUUUGUUUCAGGAUUUAGCUUGAUUUGAUUCUAACUUUUUUAUCUUUUCACCAUAACGUACCCAGCCAUUUCAACACAAAAUUUCAAAACAUUAUCCUCAUUUAAAAAUGGUUUCUAAUGACUUCUCACCAAAUUACGAAAUUAUUCAAUUUCAAGAAAACAUUAAAACAAAUAGGGAAGUGUUGUGUGAAAAACAACAAUUAAUCGGUUGAUUGUGACCUUCAUCGUUUACCGAGAUUUUGUUUCUCCGUUUUCAUCAUUGAUUAUUAUUAUUUUAUUAUUAUUAUUCCAUUUUAUUUGUGUUUAUGUUUACAAUUUACGUAUUCAUGUAUUGUAAACAACACUUUCUUUUCUCUCUGAUUCAGAUUUCUGAUUGAUUUUUAGAAAAAAAAUAUUAGUAUAGUUUUUUUUCGUAAUAAGAAGAAAUUGAUUUUUUGUAGAUCAAUGGAUCAUCGAACGUUACGAGAAGUACCGAUGAGAAAUCAUUGUGGAACUUGGCAACCAAAUCACACACAAUCAUGUGAGUUGUUUUCCCAGAAAAUUUUUAUUUUUGAAAAUUAUAUAUCCCGUUUCAGAUAAUGCUGAUAGGCCACCUGUAGAUUUUGUGACAUCACCUCGAUUAUCACACCAGGAAGUGAUAUGUAAACCGAUUGCUUUCCGGCCAAAACCAGCUGAAUUGAUAAACCAUAAUGAUAGUAACAAAAAAUCGUUUCGAAGGUUAGUGACCUAUAUUCGAGCAAAAAUGGCUAGGAAAAAAUGCGAAACGUUUUCAGAGUUGAUGCGACGAUUCGAAGUGAUGAUAUCAAUGGGUCGAUAUCUGAUUUAUUGUUGAUGUAUCAUAGUGAGUUCAGACAAAAGGGAGUGUAAAGAAAUCUUGCCUAUGUUUUUUGAAAAAAAGUAUAAAAGUCUAGAAAUUUUUCAGAUAAUAUUUUUUUUUAUUGUUGAAAAAAAAUAUAUUUCAUUUUUUCCUAAUUUUGAACAAAUAAGUUUCACAAUAACUAUGAUAUAUAAAUAUAAUAACUUCGUAACUCGAAGCAAACUUUUCUAAUUUUUACCAAUUUCUCUCUCCCCUAAUCUUCGAUUAGUUUCAACCAAAAAACAUUUAAACAAUUUUCAAACAUCAUUGAUACUAAUAUUUCCGGAUUUUUAUAAUUCCAUAACAUAGUUUAUUUACGUAAUACAUUAAAAACAAGUGUGAUCAAAAAUCAUUUCAGACAAGGACCGUGAAAUGAACUCCUCAAUGCGUUCUUCAGCAAGUUUGUACUCUUCUUCAUAUCGAUGCUCAUUUCCAAAUGACAAUCAUCAUUUGAAUAAUCAAAAUAAAACAGUGAUGAAUACCUUAUCGUCUUCAUCUUCUGGAAUUCAUGUAACUCCGUCACCAUCUGAUUCUGGCAUAAUCGAUUACGAAAAUUUGAUUCGUGAUAAAGAGCAGGAACUUCAAGAAAUUCGGAAUGUGAUGGAACAAAAUGAGGAUAUAAUUAUAAAAGUGUAUCAAGAUAAAGAACGGGCUUGGAAAACCGAAUUGGAAGGUUUGAAAUGCCGAGUUCUUGCUGCUGAAAAAGGAGAGAAGGCUCUACGAGAACAACUAUCAAACUGUCAACGACAAAACUCGGCGAUGAAUCAGUGUAUGCGAAGUUUGCAAGAAGAAAAAACGAAACUUAUGGCGAAAUGUAUUCAAUUAGAUAAAGAAAUCGAAUUUUUACGACAAAUCUCUAUUAAACCAUGUGCCAAUUGUAAUGCCGUUCAAAAUAAUGAGGUAUUUUGUUUUUAUUGAUUUUUAUUUGAUAAUAUGAAGACAAUUUUUAGCAGCAAAAAGAUCUUCGUCAAGAAGUGAUGGAUCUACGACGAGAAGUGGCACUAUUAAAACAAGUCGUAGACGAUGAAAUUCAUUUGAAAAACUAA